CAGCCAGAGAGAAAUUCUCUGUAACCUGAUUCCUUCUCUGCAAAGAGGGUGAGCAGCGAGCAGAGGAGAUUUAACCAACGGAAAUCUCUGCCGGCAUCCAACAGACAGAGCACAGACGGAUCUAUAUCCUGUCUCUGUCUCUACCAGGCGGAUGGAUCUAUUCUCCAACCUGGGCGACGAAAAAAAAAAACCCAGCGAAAAUAACAACAGCUUUUCCACAAUGUUGCUCCAUCACAGGAUGAAACUUCGGUUCAGGUUUUGACGAAUGUGAUGGAAAGAGAAAGACAGAGUCCUGAGAGAGAGACGCCGCCUCAGCACUGGAGAAGCUGCAAGUUGAUGAUUGACCCCGCGCUGACAAAGGGACUGUACAAAGUGUACCGUUAUGAUGGACAGCACUUCAACAUACCCGUGGAGGACUUAGGUCUGUUUCCUGUGGAUGCAGUCAGAGAUCCGCGCAUCUGCCGCCUGUGGAGCAAAUACAACAAGACUGAGCUGCUGGUGGCUAAAUUCAAGGUUGAUGAGUGGUACGUCGGCCCCGUUCCUCCCAAAGAAGUGACGUUCUCCAGGUUGAACGACAAUGUGAGGGAGGCGUUCUUGACGAACAUGUGCAGAAAAUAUGGCAACGUCGAAGAAGUGGAAAUAUUUUACAACCCCAAAAACAAGAAGCACUUAGGGGUGGCGAAGGUCGUCUUCGACACGGUGAGGGCCGCGAAAGAAGCUGUUCAGCACCUCCAUCAGACAUCAGUGAUGGGAAAUGUUAUUCAUGUGGAAGUCGACCCUAAAGGUGAAAACAGGGCGCGCUAUCUGCAGCUCCUCUGGCGUGGUCUUUAUACUCCGUGGACGUUGCCGGUGGGCAGCAAUGAGCGAGCUCUUCAAAGCUUAAUCGACCGUUUGCUGGGCAGCACAGCCGCACAGCAACAGGCGAGCAUCUCCAGCCCGACCAGCAUCGCCACCCCCCUCUCUCUGGACACAGCCUACUCCAGUAUUUGGCAGGAUACACCGUGCAGCUUCGGGCUUACACCUCGUUCUCAGGGAACUCCCCGCACUCCUUCCUUAUCCGCGACUCCUCUCUCCCAGGACUCCUGCUACUCCAGUCUUCAGGCGACUCCGGUCCUCCAGGGGGAGCCCUCCACGUACAGUGUUCUCAAACCUUUAAGACGAGAGCUCUGCCAUCGUAAACCCGCGAGGUAUCACAGGGGAUCAGGCGAGGUCUCAGAUGUGAGCUUAUUUUUGAAGCAACCUCCACACGCCUUCUCACAGUUACAAACCGGCAGCCAGCAGCUUGCACUGUGGGGUCACAAUGCACAAUCAUCUACUCACAAUAACACAGAUCCUUCCUUUAACCUUUCCUCCCCGUGUCAGGAGUCCAGAGAGGUGGUCACAGCCGCCUCCAAGGCUUUACAUCUGAACUGCAACUCUUACAGCAUACUGAGCAUUAAUUUCACAGCCGACCGACAGACAGCAGCCUCCUCCCCGCCUGAUGGAGCAGGCUUAUCUCCACCUGCUGUCAACUGCUCCGCCAGCAGCCCCCAGCCCGAGGUGGAGAGUUUGGACUCCCGCAUUGAAAGUUUGCUGACGCGAAGCCAGAAUGCCGACUCCUCAUUCUUUGACAGAAAGACUUUAGAGGCUGACGUUCACUCUCAGGACAGUCCGGCUUCACCCUGCUCGGCAAACACCUCCCCUCUCUCAGACGACUCGCUCGUUUGUGAGUCUUUCGCGACGAGCCACCAGCGCUCCUACGAUGAUCUCGUCGACAACGAAGAGGAUGAAACUACUCGAGCUGUCUCGUUUCUUACACGAAACUCAGAGUCUCCUGCUCCACCUGAUUUCACACACGAUGCAGAAAUGUUUCAGUCAUUGUGUCCGAAGGAGCAUCAUGCAGCAAAUGAGGAAGCUUCACCCACAGAAGAGAUCUCCUCUCUACCUCAGCCUCCGCCCUUUUCUUCUCUCAACAGCACCACUCAGCUCCUUACCUCCAAACCUCCUCCUGCCAUUAGGCCUGGAUGCCCUCCACCACCAGCAGUCGCCCCUUUCCCUUUCCCCAUCCCUCCCUUUCCUCCAUCUAUUCCACCCGUCCCUCCUCGCCUGCCAAAUGGCACCAUCCCCGUCCCACCUCCAGGCUGGAUUCCACCUCCACGCCAUCGCACUGGCAUCCCCAUCCCUCCUCCACCUAUCCCACCUCCUUGUUCUAUCCCACCUCUUCGUUCUAUCCCACCUCCUUGUUCUAUCCCACCUCCUCGUUCUGUUCCACCUCCUCGUUCCAUUCCUCCUCCUCGUUCUGUUCCACCUCCUCGUUCUAUCCCACCUCCUUGUUCCAUACCUCCUCCUCCAGCUUUUCUCGGACCUCCUCCACCUUUGAUGGUGCCUCCUUCUGUCCCACCUCCUGUGCACACCUUCCCCUUACCCGUGCGGCCUGCAGGCAAUUUGGUCGAGGGGAAUCCUCCAAGGCAUUUCCAUCGGCCUCCCUGGCCCGCUCCACCUUUUCCCAGGUUUAACCCCUUCGUGCCACCGCCAGACUUCCCCACACCCGUGAGGGAAAACCCUCACAAGGUCACGAUAGAAAAAGUUUUAGACGUCAUCGUGGAUGAACUGAAGUCAAUCAUUAAGAAAGACAUGAUGCGUAGGAUGAUUGAAGGGGUCGCUUUCAAGGCAUUCGAGGACUGGUGGGACUGUCAGAAGAAAACAAAGAUACAAGUCCCUCCUUUGAAAAGUGGAGCAGCGACAGCAGAAGAGACGACCAAACUAAAAAAUCCUCUCAGUCACCUUGGUGGACAGGGCAAAAAACCUCCACUGCCGUCUUUCAAGGUAAAAAGGAAACGAGCCCACGCUCCUGCUACAUCAGAAGACGCAGAAAACGCGUCCUCUACUCAUGAAAGUUCUGAUGUGAAACAAGGCGACGACGUAUUUAAACCUGCACCUGAGAGAGCCAAGCGCAGACAUGCGAGACCGCAUGAGCUUGACAGUGAUGAUGACGACGACGAUGAUGAGGGGAAAGAAGAAGAAAACACACUUCAAGAUGAAGAGACUGUAUCAGGCAAAGUGCAGGCUGUUGCGCCAGCUGAUGAACACCCUCAAAUCCUGUGUGACAGAGCUGAUCAUGAUGAUGGUGAUCAUCAUGCUGAAGAAGAAAAGGAGUCGGCACAAAAGCCCACAGAGGACGACGAUUGUGUCGUCAUCCAAACUAACGAUGGAGCGCCGUGUUUAGACAGCGAGACUUUUUCAGAGAGCAGCUCCUCUGAGGACAGUGAAUACUCGUCAGACUUUGACUCCUCCGACUCGUUCGCCUCAGAGAGCUUCGAGGACUCCGACCUCAGUCCUGAGGAUGAAGACAUGGAGGAAGACGGCGAGGAUGACGGGAGCGCCGAGUGUAUCGUCAUAUCAUCGGAUGAAGAGUCGAUGGAGCUUGAGCCCCCCGUCACCCCCUCAGCCCCGCUAACCCCUGGUGCUCAGCUGGAGCUGGAGCUGGAGCUGGAGCUGGAGCUGCAGGACUGGCCAGCUCCUUUUCAUAGGGAGGAAACUGAGGAGAACCACUACACAUCCUGUCAACAAGACACCUGUGACUUGGAUGCCAUCAUGGAGCUUCAAAGCAGCGAACCCCAGGACCAUCUACAGCUCCUGUCACCUAUAGGACUUCCAGCAGUGGAGCCACACCAUGACGUAGAGAUGGAGAUCGCUGAAUGGACGGUGGAGUCACUCGAAACCAUAGAAAACCUGAGGCCUCUCACUCCUACCGGCUGCUUGGUGGACAGCGACCCGGACCUCCUGAUGAGAAGCAAACCAACAUCUCCAGCUGUGGAGGAGGUGGAACGACCACAAACACCAGGCAAAGGGAUUGUGGCUGAACUGGAAAGCGUGGGCUCUCCUGAUGAAGUCCUCUCCCUCUCGCCAGCAAGCCCUGAGUUCAUUCUGGUUCCCUCUGGUCCCCCAGCUUCAUUGUACCAGGAUAUGCCCAAAACUCCUGGUAGAGAGGAUAGAAGUGGAUGGACUUUCCACAUGUCUGGGAGACCUCCUGCAACCCCAGGCCGAGAGACGAUCAUAUCAGAAGGUAGCAUAGUGAUCUGCAGCCCACCUCCUGUGCCAUGCCUGUCUAGUAAUCCAUACAUCACAGCCCCAAAGACUCCUGGUAGAGACAUCAUCCUACCCCGACGAGCUAUAGUCCACAGGAGGAAAAUGGUGACCACCUCACAGCCCACGCUAUGUGAUUCUCUCAGAGGCUCUCCCAUCGUAGUGUCCUCUCCAUGCAGCCUCUCUGAGUCUUCAUCCGAGUCUACUGAUGGGACAUGCAUGUGGAUCAGCUCAGGUGUAAGAAUGAAGCCCUUGCAGGGACUGGAGAACAUGCCCGGACUUCUGGAUGAGGAGAAUCGGAGAGAGACGGAGAAAUCCCCAAUGAGGAGAAAACAGCUGAGGAGGCUAAAGAGGAGAUGGAGAGUCCGUCAGAGGCAGAGGUCGCUGAAAAGAAACGCCGGUCCCCUGUCCUCCCACAGUCGUCCUCAGAGGUGGCGUUCACUCGGUGAGGAGAGAGGGAUCCUUCACUGGGUCUGGAAGGACGGCCUGGAUGAAGAAGAUGCACGGCUGCUGAAGCGCACAUAUCACAGGCUGCAAGAGAAGGAUAAUGGCUUUGGUUGGAUCAGUGACACCCUGUGGAUACAUCACCCUCUGACUAAAGUCCCCACAGAGAAGAGUAUCGAACACAAAUCAUGGCAGCCGCACCACAGGACGGGCUGUGCUCGCAGCGAAGGUUUCUACAAAAUCAGCAUGAAGGACAAACUGAAAUACCUCACCAACACGAAGCUGACCACGGAGCUUCCGUCUACAAGCACUCAGGGAACGUGCAUACCUGCCCAGCAAGCAACCUCACUGCGUUCUGGAUCUGACUUCAGGUCUGAACAGCGCCGCCUGUUGUCGUCCUUCAGCUGUGAUAGCGACCUGGUCAAGUUCAACCAACUGAAGUUUCGAAAGAAGAGGAUUUGCUUCAGCCGGAGUCACAUCCACGAGUGGGGUCUGUUUGCAAUGGAGCCUAUAGCAGCAGAUGAGAUGGUGAUCGAGUAUGUGGGUCAAAUCAUCAGACAGGUCAUUGCUGACACGAGGGAGCAGAGAUACGAGGAGGAAGGCAUCGGAAGCAGCUACAUGUUCCGGGUCGAUCAGGACACCAUCAUUGAUGCUACGAAAUGUGGGAACUUAGCCAGAUUUAUCAACCACAGCUGCAAUCCGAACUGCUACGCAAAGAUCAUCACCGUGGAGUCUCAGAAGAAGAUAGUGAUAUACUCCCGGCAGCCGAUAGGCAUCAACGAAGAGAUCACAUACGACUACAAGUUUCCCAUCGAGGAAACAAAGAUUCCUUGUUUGUGCGGAGCAGAUGGCUGCCGCGGCUCCUUGAACUGAUCUCUAAUGAAGUAUCAGGUGCCAAAAGCCGCCUGAGGUACUGGUAUGAUACAAAAACACAGACAACUCUGAAGAAGUCAAAAAGUUUUAAUGCUAUUCAGAACUGUACAAUCAAGAUCUGUAAGGACUGGAAACGCUCAGUGAAUCAUGAUUUAAUACAAUCAACCAAGCACUUGAACCUUUAUCAACGGAGGUCUGGAAUGACGUGCAAGCACUGGUUAAAACAUUAUAAAGGCAACGUGACGUCACAGUUUAUGAGUGAAUGGCAAACACAAGGGGCUCUCCAAACAUCAUGCAAAAGCCCCCCGCGAUGAUGAAAUGUCUUGUUGAAACGAUAACAAACGUGUACAGUUAAAUGUUUUCAUUUACGAGAGCUUAAAUGGAGUUUUGCUUGAGUCAAGCUUGUGUCGAUAAUGUCGGUUUUUCUUGUUAACUUUGUGUAAAAAAACAAAACAAAAAAC